AUGGUAAAAGACACGAAGCUUUACAACGUUCUGGAGCUUUCUCCAGAAUGCUCCGAAAGUGACAUAAAAAAGGCAUAUAAAAAAUUGGCCUUAAAAUACCAUCCAGACAAGAAUCCAGACGCUGCUGACAAAUUCAAAGAAAUUGCACAUGCAUAUGAUAUCCUUUCUGAUAGUGAGAAACGAGCGAAAUAUGAUCGAUUUGGUGAGGAAGGUAUUGGAGAAGGAGGAGGAGUAUCAGCUGAAGAUCUUUUCAGCAGCUUUUUCGGGGGAGGUUUCUUCCCAGGAGCUCGAUCCGCACGGACCGGACCAAAGAAAGGAAAAGAUUUGAAUCACGUCAUCAAAGUCUCUCUUGAAGAAUUAUACACAGGAAAAACCACUAAAUUAUCGCUCAAUAAGACGGUCAUUUGCCAAAAAUGUGAAGGUCGUGGUGGAAAGAAAGGAGCAGUGAAAAAAUGUGAUACAUGUAAUGGAACAGGUGUGCGAAUGAUUGUACGACAAUUGGGACCAAUGUUACAACAAAUUCAACAAUAUUGUAAUGAUUGUAAUGGCGAAGGGACUGUAAUUCGUGAGAGUGACAAAUGCAAAAGUUGCAACGCUAAAAAGACAGUAAAUGAACGAAAGGUUUUAGAAGUUCAUAUUGACAAAGGAAUGAAAAACGGACAAAAAAUUACGUUCGCUGGCGAAGCUGAUCAGAAACCUGGUGAAGAACCUGGCGACGUAAUUAUUGAACUCUCAGAGAAACCCCAUGAUCGAUUCAUUCGAAGGGGUGAUGAUUUAUUCUAUACCGCAAAGAUUGAUCUAUUGACUGCGUUAGCUGGUGGUCAAUUCUCUGUUAAACAUUUGGAUGAUAAGGUUCUUUUGGUGAAAGUUCCGCCUGGUGACGCUUUAAGGCCAGGUCAAUAUAAAGCUCUCGCUGAGUAUGGUAUGCCUUCAUACCGUCAUCAUAAUUGUGGAAAUUUAUUGAUCAAAUUCGAUAUCGAGUUCCCUGAACCAAAUUGGACUUCCCAAGAAACCAUCGUUAAACUUGAAGAAAUUCUUCCUAAACGUCCAAGACUUGAUCUUGAUAUACAGAAUGAUAGUGUAGAAGAUGUAUCAUUACAAGAAUUAACGGUCGAAGAGGAACAAAGAGCUGCACACAUACUGACAAAUGGUGCUCCCGAAGAAGAUGAUGAUGACGAAGAACAUCGUCACGGGGUUCAAUGCGCUCAACAAUAA